AAACUUUAUAAAUAGCCUGUGGCUCAAGAGUCCCUUUUCCAAAGUGCUGGUGCUCGGAGAAGAAGAGCGCAGGUGUGAUCCCCCACCCCAGGUCCAGAAGAUGGGACCCGGAAGACUUUUCAGCUUAAUAUUUGCUGUUGGGACUGUUUACUGUGCCAAGGAAUCUCUGGAGAUUAUUCCUAGCAAUGGGGAGGUGCAGUUGGGCAAGAAGACCAUUUUCUUGUGCAAAGUAAGAGGAAGUGGGGAAGCUGAAUUAGUCUGGAUAGACCCCGAGGGGGAAGAAAUCUCCACGGAUUCAGAGAAACCGUACAAAGAGAAACAGAUUGACGAACAGUCCAAGGAGUUGGAGAUGACUCUCUCGGACCCGAGGAGUGGUGGGAUCUUCAUCUGCAAUGGGGAAUUCGACAGCGGAAAUACUGCCUCCAUCUCGAUCAAAAUCCACGUGGUCCAGAGACCCACAUUUUUGGAGGUGAUGGACUCUGAGAAGGAAGUGACAGAGGGCUCAACAGUAGAUUUCAACUGCCAGGUCACGGGCAUCCCACCACCAACCGUCAGAUGGCUUUUUGAGAACCAGGACCUCAGUUUUCUUGGGGAUGGUGGUCGCAUCUCUGUGGACAGCGGGCUCCUGGUGAUAAAAAACACCCAGCCCUCAGAUGCUGGGGUCUACAGCUGCGAAGCCAGCAUUGCAGAGCGAAAGGAAGUGGUUUUCACCAAUGUUACUCUCCAUGUUAAAUUUACUCCCAGGAUAGAACUCCUGCCAGAUGAAACGCUCAGCACUGCCCAGAUUGGGAAUCCCACCCGAUUCAACUUCACCGUCCUGGGCAACCCCCUCCCAUCCAUCUCUGUCUCUCGGGAAGGGAAGGUUUUAGAAGGCAACGAUAUUGUGAUGGUGGCGCAGGACCAAAACAGAUAUGUGUACUCCUUUGAGUUCACCCCAGUUUCACAAGAGGAUAUUUCAGACUUCCUAAUCAAAGCUGAAAAUGAAAUGGGCCACACAGAGAAGAAACUUCCUUUUAAAGAAGAGGCUCAAGAAAAGGGAUUGGGAAUUGGCAGCAUCUUGGCCAUCGUACUGGCGAUCGUUCUGGUGCUCUUGCUGGUGAUGGAUGCAUCCUGCUAUUAUAAACGUCGACGUGGCUUGCUGAUGUACUGCCGAACCAAUGUCCUACGAAAAGAGCCACCUGGGGCCAUGUCAGAAAAUAACCAGAAAGUGCUCUCGAAGUCAGAAAAAAGCACAGUGGUGAAUGUCUCUGGCCUUGAGGCCUGAUUCUCCUGAGGUGAUGACCGGAGGUUAUGGAGAGAUGAAACUGCUGAUGAAAACUUUGAGUGUCUUUGUUUGGCAGGCUCUUCUCCCUCCACAAUGAGCCACUCAGCACCCUUCUUUAUGAUCACCCCUAAACCACAGUCCUCUAGAAACAGUCACAGAAAACUUGGUUCAGAUGUCUCAUGAAACUAUGGGACUCCUGAACUAAUUAAACUAACUUAUUAGUGUGAGUGUCCGAAUGUGGUCCACUCUACUAUGUAUGGUUGCUUGGUCCAUCAAAGCAAGAUCUGAAAGUAAGAUUUGAGGUUGAUUGAUUAACCGCAGAGUCUUAACUAUUUUUUUCAUGUGAUAAAAUAAGCCUAAAGAAGGUAAUUGCAGCCACCCAUUUCAACAUAACAAGGUGCCAAGGAACUGUCUAACUGAAUAAUGGACCAAGGUGAAGUCAUUCUUGAAAUGUAUGCAAUAAUAAACCACUAGAAGGGC